AACACGAUGCAUCGUUUUGUCUACUCUUUCUCCUAUUUCGACGCCUGACACCUCUCUCACCCUUCCGCCCAGGCCGCGGGAUGCGCCGCCUCCAACCAUCCCCCGUCAUUUCUUUUUUUUUUUUUUUUUUUUCCCACGAAUCGAAGUCGGCAACACGCCGAUUCGAUUUAAAACGAAUGUUUCGCAUUAACGGGGGUUCCCCUCGUCGACUUCUUUCCCCUAUUCGCCACCGCGACCUUUGGAAAUUUCGAAAUUUUGACCCACAGUCUCUAAGCGAAAUUUCGAGCGGACAAACAGGUGAAAUCGUCGCGGCGAUAAAUAUCAGUUAAAACUGACGGGAGAUAAUUAGGAGUCGGUAGUGUGCGAUUAAACAGCGGCGCUAGUACGCAUCUAGUUACUCAAUCGAUUUAAUUACGUUGAUACGUUUGACAAGCGUAUCCGCCGAAAAACAACGGAAUUUCGCCGAAUUCUAUAGCGUUCGGCGCGUUUGCAGGAAAUUGAGCCAACACGCAGCCAGUGUUUCGAAUUUCUAACGUUUGAAUCAGUUGGCAGCUGCUUGAAAAGUAAAAAAAGAAAGAAAAAGGGAAGAAAAGUAAGAGGUGACGUUGAUUUUUCAAUCUUCGAAUCUUUCGUUAAUCGAGUCCGCGACGAGAAUUUCGACGAUAAACUAAUUUUUACUUUCGAUUCUACUCGAAAAUGUUUAACGAGUGUACAUGUCAAAGACCCGAGUCGAGUAUUCUUAUUGUAACUGUUAGAUUCCACGUCCGUUCUUCGAUGAAAAUUCUGUUUGAGAGAAUAACUUUCUCUCUUUCUCUCAACGCAAAGAUGAUCGGUAAUUGCUGCUCACCGGGAACAGAGGUUCGGCAAAAUUUCGCCAGUUCUCUGUUCUUCGAGCAGUCUCUCACCGAGAUAGAAAGUCUCACUUUGGUUCAUCGUUCCGGUCAGUUGCAUCUUGCGAUGCCAGAUAAAUCAGAGCUAAUUAGAAAUUCUCAGUUAAAUCGUAAUUGAAAUAUCCAGUUGCUCAGUCAACUUGAUUAUUCCAUCAUGAAUCGCGAAUCACUGUGAAACGAAUUUACGUGAAUGUUAUAACGGGGGAUGUAUAACUCAAUAAAUAAAUAUUCCGCGGGCGAUUCUAUUGGCAUCUCGCGCGCGAAAGAGAGAGAGGGAGAGGGAGAGGGAGAGAAUGUGCUCGCAAUAAGAGGCGGAAGACCUUUAGGAAUGCAUCUGUUGAACUCGAUCGAUUCGUGUUAAAUCAGUGAAACGCAACAGUCGCUAGAAGCGUUAUUUAUUUCGUUCGAUGCCGGCAGAUUGGCGAAGCGGUCGGAAUUUCUGGAAACGUCCAGACAACCGGCGGGCAGGGAUUACGUUUGCGAAUCCACUUGGAAUUCAAUUAGAAUUUCCACGGUAAGUGACAACAACGAGCCAACACGACGAGUUGGUAACGCCAUGCAACACGUUUCAAGCAACUCGGUGAGAAAAAGCGGUAAUUAUUAUUUUUUUUUUUUUUUUUUGUCUUCAGUCGUCGAGUUGCGAUCGCCAGUUGCGAUCACGCGGCCGAUUCGUCGACACGCGUCAAGGUUUUUAAACGUUCGACAACGCGAUAGAAAUCGUUUGUUGACUGUUUAAUCUUCAGCGUGGCGCGUUCGAGGAUCCCGAGUUUUUUGUUGAAAAGAUUUCGCUAAUUCUUUAAUCCUCGAGUUGCGUUUGCUGCGACGUGUUGGUGUUCGUGAGCGACUCGUCGAUACGUGGCCAGAGAUUCCAAGUCUGCGGACCGUUCUCGCCGAGAGAGGGAAUAAAAAUUCGAAUUAAUUCCUUAGCGUUCGAAUCUCGUUGCUCGUUACGUAUCGGAUUCGCGAGAAUCUCGUGCUUUCGAAAGCGAUGAAAACGAUUAAUACUGUUUGUACGCGAGAAAGAAAAUGAAAUUUCGUUAACCUUUUAGCAUUCCGAUCGAUGAUCCAGCCGGUCCUUGACGAGAGAUAGAAAAUCACGUUACUUUUAUCAUUCGGCUUGUUUCUCCUCUCUGGUCGAAAAUUUCAUACACCGUCCGCGUGUAUUUCCGGAUAAUCGACGAAUUAAUAAGCUUCGCCUGUGAAUUGUUGUGAAAAUUCCGGCACUCGUGCCGCUGGCACUCCGAUCUUCGUUUAUCGAGAGAGUGUCGAUCAAUUUUCCCAACGUGAAUAAAUCAUCCUGCAAAUGUCGAAUUACCCAGCAGACAGAAAUGGAUGAUCCCACCGAUUUACGAACCAAGCUGCAGGCCAGUUUCAUCGAUCGCCGUAAAGAGACGAACUUUUAAUCGCGAAGAGCAACACGAGAACAGCACCAGUCAGAAGGAGGAGAUCUUCGUUGGACAAGCUCGCAGCGACACCGAGGCUCCAGCUUCCGAGGGAACCGAAGGGGUUGAAACAACGGCUGCACGGCCAUCGGCCAGCGGAGAUCGCGACAUCAAGAUGUGAAACGGCGACGCCGUUCCAGUGUUCGCGGAACAGAGGAGAACCGGAAAGCCGAAAGGAUCGAGGGGGAAAACCGUGAGACAUGCUGAGGGCACGAGCCACCGUUUCUCCGUCUCCGUUCCUGUCUUGGCCCGCAUGGACCACGCCGUCCAGCGUGCUCAAGGUCACGUCGGCGGCGGCCUCGAGCACGCAGUACGCGAGCAUCGGGAGCGUGAUCGACCAGAUGAUGACGGAGAAGAGCGAGGAGCCGGCGAACGCCGAGGAGGAGUACACGCCGUACGAGGAGCGGCCGGAAACCUACAUCGUGCCGAUCGUGUUCCUGUUGAUCCUCGUGAUCGGUUUGACGGGGAACGGUGUGCUCGCGCUCACCAUACUGCGGCACAGUAACAUGAGAAACGUUCCCAACAUUUACGUCUUCUCGCUGGCGCUCGGCGAUCUCUUGGUGAUCAUUACGUGCGUGCCGUUCACGUUCACGGUGUACAUUCUGGACUCUUGGCCGUUCGGGCCUCUGCUUUGCAAGUUUUCCGAGUGCGUCAAGGACAUCUCCGUCGGUGUCUCCGUCUUCACGUUGACGGCGCUGUCCGCGGACAGAUUCUUCGCCAUCGUCGAUCCAAUGAGAAAGCUUCACGCCACCGGUACGGGGAGGCGAGCGACUCGUUUCACGGUGAUCGUCGCCGCCAUGAUUUGGCUGUUGGCUAUUAUGUGUGCCAUACCGGGCUCCUUCUCCUACAUCAAGGUUUUCAAAGUGAACAGCAACGUGAGCUUCAGCGCUUGCUACCCGUAUCCAGUGGAAUUCGGGCCGAAUUAUCCAAGGACGAUCUUGGUCUGUCGGUUCUUCAUAUUCUACGCGGUGCCGCUUAGUAUCAUCGCUUUCUUCUACAUUCUCAUGGCCAGACAUCUGAUGCACAGCACUAGGAACAUCCCCGGCGAGAUGCAGUACCAGGUGAAACAGGUGAAAGCGCGGAAAAAGGUGGCGAAAAUGGUGAUGGCGUUCGUGAUCGUUUUCGCGGUGUGCUUUUUCCCCCAGCACGUGUUCAUGCUGUGGUUUUACAUCUACCCCACCGCAGAGAACGAUUACAACGCUUUCUGGCAUUACUUCCGGAUUCUCAGCUUCUGUCUGGCUUUCACCAACAGCUGCAUCAAUCCCAUUGCCCUGUACUGCGUGAGCAACACUUUCAGAAGAUACUUCGACAGGUAUCUACUUUGUUGCAUACCGAGGCGAAUCCGCAGGCGACACCGUCGCUCGUCGGACCUGAGCUCACGCCGGGGCCAAAGUUUCUCGCUGAUGAGCUCCAAGAGAUACGACUCUCGACGACAACGAAGCACCAUGCACAUGUCCAUCCUCGGGAACGACGCCAAGGCCGGUGUCCCGAUCAAGGAACAGGAAACGACCAUUAGCCUGGCCGCGUGUCCAAAUGGGAUCGAAGACGGGCUGAGAAGUCACCGAAACUCCACGAUAGAGCAGUCGAUCAGUCACGAAUGCACGUCAACAACGUCCAAGGACUGAAUGUAACUCGUUGUCAGUGGAUUUUUUUCCUGAAGGCAGCGAGUGUGUGUGUGUGUGUGUAUGUGUGUGUAUGUGUGUGUAUGUGUGUUUUCUUUGCUUGAAGAAAGAUUAUUUAGCGGCAGUGGACCAGUGACUCUUGAUCGAAGGUCGCAGGUGAAAAAUAUAUGGAAAAUCUUGUCUCUCAUCUAUUGCAGGAAAAGUAAUCUUUGAAUUCUGAACAUCGAGAUUCAUUUUCACUUAGGAUUAAUCGAAGGUCCGAUUUUUUUUCCGUUUCAUCAGUUUGUUCAUCGAGUGUUUCCUCAUCGACUG